CCCUGGUGACUCGGUCCUCAUCCCGUCCCCGGACGCGGGAUUUGUUUUUGAACACAAUCCGAUGCCCAGCACCCGACCUGCAGAUAAGAAUCGGAAAAGUCAUUUUGUUUCUCCUGGUGACAGAUUAACUCCAGGAAAACAGAGCUAACGCAGAUGGACCGGACGUCCCCAACCUACAUGCUUGCCAACCUGACCCCCUUGCAUUCGGAGCAGCUCCUGCAAGGCCUCAACCUCCUUCGCCAGCACCACGAGCUGUGCGACGUCGUCCUCCGCGUCGGGGACGUCCAGAUCCCCGCCCACAAGGUAGUGCUCGCCAGCAUCAGCCCCUACUUCAAAGCCAUGUUCACGGGCAACCUGUCCGAGAAAGAGAACAGCGAGGUGGAGUUCCAGUGCGUCGACGAGGCCGCGCUGCAGGCCAUCGUGGAGUACGCCUACACCGGGACGGUGUUCAUCUCGCAGGACACGGUGGAGUCGCUGCUCCCGGCGGCCAACCUGCUCCAGGUCAAGCUCGUCCUGAAGGAAUGCUGCGCGUUUCUGGAGAGCCAGCUCGACCCCGGCAACUGCAUCGGGAUCUCCCGAUUCGCGGAGACGUACGGGUGCCACGACCUCUACCUGGCGGCCACCAAGUACAUCUGCCAGCAUUUCGAAGACGUCUGCCAGACCGAGGAGUUCUUCGAGCUCACCCACGCCGACCUGGAUGAAAUCGUGUCCAACGACUGCCUGAACGUGGUGACGGAGGAGACGGUUUUUUACGCGCUGGAGUCUUGGAUCAAGUACGACGUGCAGGAGCGCCAGAAGUACCUGGGCCAGCUGCUGCACUGUGUCCGCCUGCCCCUGCUGAGCGUUAAGUUUCUCACCAGGCUCUACGAAGCAAACCACCUGAUCCGCGACGACCACACUUGUAAGCAUCUCUUGAACGAGGCCCUGAAAUACCAUUUCAUGCCCGAGCAUAGACUUUUCCACCAAACGGUCCUGAUGACCCGGCCGCGUUGCGCUCCCAAAGUACUCUGUGCAGUAGGGGGAAAAGCCGGACUGUUUGCUUGUCUGGAAAGCGUUGAGAUGUACUUCCCCCAGAAUGACUCCUGGAUAGGUCUGGCACCCCUCAGCAUCCCCCGCUACGAAUUUGGCAUCUGUGUCCUUGACCAGAAGGUCUACGUGGUCGGAGGGAUCGCAACCCAUAUGCGACAAGGCAUCAACUUCCGGAAGCACGAAAACUCAGUGGAGUGCUGGGAUCCCGAUGUGAAUACUUGGAAGUCCCUCGAAAAAAUGAACGAGAGCCGGAGUACUCUCGGCGUGGUCGUCCUGGCCGGAGAACUUUACGCCUUGGGAGGUUACGACGGGCAGUCGUACUUACAAUCCGUAGAGAAAUACAUACCCAAAGUUAAAGAGUGGCAGCCAGUGGCACCAAUGGCCAAAACGAGGAGUUGUUUCGCUGCUGCUGUUUUGGAUGGGAUGAUAUAUGCCAUUGGGGGCUACGGCCCCGCCCAUAUGAACAGCGUAGAACGUUAUGAUCCAAGUAAAGACUCCUGGGAAAUGGUCGCCUCGAUGGCUGAUAAAAGAAUUAACUUUGGUGUCGGCGUCAUGCUGGGCUUCAUUUUUGUAGUGGGCGGACACAAUGGCGUCUCGCAUUUAUCGAGCAUUGAGAGAUACGACCCGCAUCAAAAUCAGUGGACUGUGUGUAGACCCAUGAAGGAACCCAGAACAGGAGUCGGUGCGGCGGUAAUCGACAACUACCUUUAUGUAGUGGGCGGUCACUCAGGGUCAUCCUAUCUGAACACGGUGCAGAAAUACGACCCCAUCUCAGAUACCUGGCUAGAUUCGGCCGGCAUGAUGUACUGCCGCUGUAACUUCGGAUUAACGGCACUUUGAUGAGAGGCUUGCUUCCGCGGACCGAGAGUGUGGUGGUAAAUCUUGUUCUGCAUGAAAAGAUGCCCAGUUUGCUGAGACCCGGAAGCUGCACUUAUUUUCUUUUUGUCUCGGAGGAGUAGCGUGAAGACGUGGCUCAAAAUUCAGCUCGGUUUCUCUUUAACUGAUAACUGGCCUCCGGUUGCUCUUGGUUAUAGUGAAAUUGUUAGCGUUGCAGACAGAAUCCCCUAGAAGACCUUUAGCAUAGUGAGGCCGGGCAUCCUCUCCCAAGACUGGCUUAGAGUAGGUUGCCGUAAUGUCGACAGGAGCCGACGUGGAGAAAUUUGAAUGCCGUCAUUUCUUCCUCUCUCCCUCCUCUCUGAUAUGAGACGUGCAGUUUACUGUGAUGGGGCAAGUGAUUGCCUGGGCGUAGUGUAUGAUUGGACUGUCCAUUGACUUUGCCUGUUGGAUAUGUCUUCAUAUUGAAAAUAAAACACCAGUGCUUCACAAUUUUCUACAAACAAUAACUAAAGGGCUGCCUUUUUUUUUUUCCAGUAACUUAAGAUGUGUAAAUAACCAAUGCCGUAGUAGAUUACCUGUCCAUCCUUCUUGCUCAGUGGCUUUAAGACCAGGGAUAAUAAUCGGUAAGAGUUUAGUAAUACAUUUGCAAGAUUAAUGCCUUUAUGGUCAUGAUAUUUUUGGACCUGUUUAAAAAGAAAAAAAAAUCAGCUAUAAACUUUUUACACCUUUUUCGACGUGGGCAGAGUAAUGCUAGAUUAAUUUAGUUAUCCGUCGAUGCUGUGUGUUAUGUAACUGUGGCGAGGGUAGAGUUAGCCUUAGCAGUGAGUCCUUUGUUUUCCUCGACAGCACAGCGGACUUCGCAGCAUUGAUGUACAUAUAUGUAUUGGGAAGAUGUAAAAAUAUCAUCCUUAGCCCUCCUAGGAGUUUUUUUUUCCAGAUAGCCUUUGAUACCAUUUAUUUUUUAAGAAUGUAUGAUUACUUUUUCAAAGUGAGUUAUAAAAAUGGUGCUAACUAUAGGCUGUUACUACAUUCUUACGAUAGUUCAGUAUGCCGAAUGCAUGACAUAUUUUGAUAGUACUCCUCAUUUAUAUUAGCUUGAUUCCUUCGUGUGUAUGAAAACUCUUCAUCCCUCAAUGCCUUCUAGAGUUCAUUACCAUUCUGUGAGUGUGCUAUUGGCCUGAGUUUAUGUUGCAUUCGUGCAGUUUUUGAAUGGGGCAAGGAAGGAUGCAUUACUGGUCCUUUUUUCUUUGUGAUAAUCCUUGGCGGUCCCGAUUUUAAAAUAAUUAAGUGAAAAGCCCUGGGAAACUAUGUAUUUCACAUGCGUAUGCUGGAUGACACUAUUUAAUGGUUCAAAUGGAAAACUGGAAUUCAACAACUGUUUACUUCAAUAGCGGGCUGAAUUUGCAAUUUAAAAAUGAAAUAUAAAGAGGCAAGUCGGUGACUCUACCCAAGGAAAUAGUUAUUUGACACAAGUAACUGAACCCACUGAUGUUCUCCUCACUGAUUGUUAGUCUUACGCGAGGAAUAAGAUUUAACUUGCAUUCGAUCCUGAUGUUCAUGCUUGUGCUAAAUUCCGGUAAUUUGUCCACCCUAACUGUUUUUUCUCCAAUGUCAAAUUAGUUUCUGUGGCUACCCAUUCUUUGUCAAAAAAAACACAAACGUUACAUUAAGUGCUAUAGCAUUCCAGAAGCCAGACUGUCAGCCUGUACUUCAUAUAUUGCUUUCUUAGAAAACCUCAAUGCAGCCCGGCAACACUGCAGUUUUUCUUGUUCUUCCAUAAAUUGAGUUUCAGAUUUGAAUACUAGAAUACGAAGCCCCGUAAACUGCCGCUAAUUAUAUGACAAUAACUAUUGUGGCAUUUAUUAAGUGCUUGCUCUGUGUCAAGCACUGAGUUAAGUUCUAGGUACUUAGGGGAUAACGAGAUCAGACACAGUCUCUGUGUCACCUGGGGCUCCUGAUCUAAGAGGUAGGGAGAGAGCAUUUAAUUUAGAGAGAUUUACCCCCCAUUAUAGAUGUGGAAACUGAGGCAGAGAGCGGGUAUGUGCCUUGGCCGAGGUCACACAGCAGGCCAG